UAUUCACUAACAGCUGGCGUGAUGACCUUUUGUCUCCUGGCGGUCAGGUACGGAGAGGGGGGCGGAGAUUCAGAAGGAGCCGCUUCACAUCGGACUUGUCCCGGCGUCCCGCACAACAAAUGGCCGUGAACCGACAGAGAGGGAGACCGUGAUGAUCCAGGUUUCUCUUUUUUUCUGUGUACGACUAGUGCAAGCCGUCUCCAUGCUCACAUAGUAGGUUAGAGAGGGCAAGGAGCGCUCUUCAUCCUUUACAUUCAGACCAUUUUAUCCAUCUGGCAGAAGAAUGGGAGAGUCCUGUUGACACCACGGAGAGAUACACGCUGAGACCGACUAUGGCUGUGGACGCGGCAUCCAGCUUCAGUUUUUGCCGUGCCUCCCUGGAGCACACGAUGUCUGCUGAGGAGCUGAGCUACCAGCUGCCGCGUCGAGCCGGAGGCAGCAACCUGACCUGGCACGACGGCCGCGGCCAGAGGACAGCACGCACCGUCAAACUUCUGCAGCAGCCCGGCACCGAGGGCAUCCAGUUGCGUCCAGGCGAAGCCUUCACUGUGUAUCACACCAGUCCUACUCUGUCCAGUCUUUCCAAACCUGUGGUGCUGUGGACUCAGCAAGAUGUCUGCAAGUGGCUUAAGAAACACUGUCCUCACAACUACCUGACCUACGUAGAGGCCUUCUCCCAUCACGCCAUCACAGGACGGGCGUUACUGCGUUUAAACGGGGAGAAGCUAGAGAGGAUGGGAAUCAUCCAGGAGACAUUGAGGCAGGAGGUCCUUCAACAAGUCCUCCAGCUGCAAGUCAGAGAAGAGGUCCGCAACCUGCAGCUCCUUAGUAGAACCUCCUUUGGAAACUUCUCUUAGCUCGCCCCUGGAUCCAUUUGGCAGCCCUUUCCCUCAUCCCCUGUCACAGUACAUCUCUUGGAGCCAUUGAAGAGCUGCUGUCUUCAGAUAUGUGAGCAGAGAAUUCACAAGUGAAAGGGGAGAGGACAAGCCUAUAGACUUCAUGCCAACCGGUCUGGAGGAUUCUCAUUCAACGCGGCCAAUCUGGUUUACAGACAGUGAGACAGAGAGACAAAGCCCGGCUUGAGGCAGGGGUACCCACUGUAACAUAGUGAUAAGAUGUAAGAUUCACAGCCCUAGUGAUGAUGUAGGCCUGUCACUGGUUUAUGCUUGAUCACAGCAAAUCUCCUUUUGGUUUCCUGGUGUCAUUUUGAACAGACCGAUUUUAAUGCUUUACAUGUGCACAACCAGUAUUCAUGUUUUUUCCUCUCUCUUUGGUUAAAGUGAAUGAAUAACUAUCUGAACCUUUUAGCCCAGUAAUGAUAAAACCUUGUGGAUGACGGUUUGUAUUGUAGUGUAAACAUAGAUUUACAAGCAGCGCCACCAUUCGGCAGCUGGAUGGAAAGUUGGGGAAAUAUCCAGUUGAUCUCCAUAUCCCUUUGAAGCUAUGACAGGUGCCUGUUUACAAGGAAUUAGCUGGUCUUGACUAAUGCCAAUAAAAUGCUGAUCAGUUCCUCAGCAACAUGUCACACUCACGUUUUCCUCUCAGGACUUUAGUUUUGGGUAGUUUUGUAGGUUCGGAGGUCAUCAAAAAAACUUUAAGCUGAAUGUCAUUCCAACAAUCAAUCUUUUUCUAUUGUUCAGCGAGAAAUUAAAUAUAUGUAUAUACAGUAUGAGCGUUGUAGAAUAAAAUACAGUUUAGAUCUACGUAUACUGUUCUUUAGUCUUUUAUUAAAGCAAUGGAUCCUGUGAUAAUCACUGACUGUCUAAGCUUGAUGAAGCAAUAAUUUAAAUGAUGAAAGCUGAAGAGGAGAAACACUGUAUGGGAGAAAUGAUUUUUGUCGCAAGAAUGAGGGAUGUCUGUUGAGGGAAAUGUAUGCUUUGCCUGUUACAGCAGCAGCAUUUGCCAGCCUCAUAGCUUCUGUCCUUUGUGUGUGCUACUGUAUACCGCAUGUCAUCUCUCGCACACAAUUUCGGUCCCUGGUGUGACACUGUGACUUCAAAUGCUCAGAAAUCAAAAAUACUAUGAAAGCUACCCAGAAACAAGACUCCCAGCGCGACUGAAACAAGCACAUUUGAUUUAACUCUAGACAGAAGCAGACAGCUGUGUGAUGAAGAUGUUCAAGUCACAAACGUACAAAAUUUCAACACAAUAGACUUCCAGCAAACAAAACCUCCCCUUCCAGCAUCCCUCCAUCCGUCCUUUGACGAGGAGUCUUUGGGUAAUGUAAGUAAUUGACUGUUAAAAGGUAGAAAAUACACUGUAUUAUUUUUGGACUCCCGGAUGUAUUGUAAAUACGAACACUUUUGGUUUCCUUUGUCAGAUGACUGAAGAGCUGUUUAAAAUGGAAAAAUAUGUAUCUGCUUUACAGAUGUGAAGACAUAUGGUGUUGAACAUGAUGAAAGCUGUCUUUUUAGAAUAAACUAAUUGAGAUUCA